AUGCGUAUAAUUGAACAACAUAAGAUACUAUUAGAAAAAGCAAAGGUUGCACUUACUAUUUCGUCAUCGGCUGAUGAAAUGCAGAGUAUUCUCGAUCAAGUAUAUACAACUAUUGCAGCAAAUCAAAAGACUACGAAUGAUUCAUGUCAAUAUUCAUCAAUUGAUUCAACGCUUAUUCACAAUGAACCAACGUCUGAAAAUGGUGAAAGAGAAUUUUUAGCUGAAUAUCAUUGA